AUGGCAAAAUCUGCGCAAGAAUUUAUUCAAAAUUCCUUUUCACCAAUUAUAGCUGUUUUGUGCAGCCCACGAAUCAAUACUCUUGUUUCAAAAAACAAUCUAACAUUCUCUGAACUACUUCAACCCUUUGCAUCAUUGGACUGGGAAGGUCAAUUUCGUGAACCUGGAGGAAAUGUUUGUACAAUUAAAAAUUGGAAAUUAAUUAUAAGAGAUGUCAAUUGGAAACCUCUUCAACCUACUGAAGCUAGAAGGCAAUUAAACAAUGCAGUUUUACACAAUUAUGAUGAUAAAACAAUUUCUUUAGAGUUAGAUGGACAUAAGUUUGAUGUUCCUCAAUUAACUCCUUGGUUUGAUGCCUGGAGAGAAACGUAUCUGGAGGUGCAAUUUCCAUCUGAUCAUGAAUUUACUAAACAUUUCUUGUCUUGUAUAAUUGUUGCGACAACAUUAGAUGAAGAUAUUGUUGAUACAUAUAAUGUAUUAAAUCAGCAAUAUGCGCAAUUACAAAAUGUAGCUCCUCCAAAAUUACCAAAAUGGUUCAAUAAUGGUGUUCUAAAGUCAUAUCUGCUUGUGCAUGAUGUAACAUCUGUACCUAAAGAGAAAGCUGAUGCAACAUUUGAAAAAAUGAAACAAUCGUUUGGUGUGGGGAAUUGUUUCAUGUUAUCUAUAAACUCAAAAAGUUCAACGGAUCCAAAGCUUGUUACAGACUUUUGGGCUUCAUAUGUAACAAGAACAUCGGAAUCUUAUAAUGAGAUGUCAUCACCAAUGAAUGCAACAACAUUUGAACCUCAAAUUUCACCUGCUCCUAAUGCAAUGACACCCGAAGACAGACCUAAUAUAACAAUUACUACGACUCAAGAAGGUGUGCAUCCAUUGACAGCAUCUGAAAAUGAUGUUUAUGAUAAUGCAAAUAGUUUGCAGACUCAUUCCUUUUCUGGCAGUUCCGAGAGUGUUAAUGUGACUGGAAAAAGUUUAGAUUAUUCCAAUGAAGUCCAUGGUGCAGCAUUGAAUGCAAAUGAUGUUGAAGCAAUUAAAAAAUUUAUGCAAGAGUAUGCAUCAAAAGCAUUGCUUCCUUACUUAGAAAAACAAAUUGCUCAACUUUCAGAUGUGGUUGCCAAUAGAAAAGGCGUAAGCAGAUCCUUACUUUCAGCAACAAAAAGGUGGUUUGCUGCUGGCAAGGGUGGAAAUACAACUGGAAAUAAUGUUGUGAUUUAUUCAAGUGACUGCCCAGAACUACAACUGCGACGUCUAGGUGACCUCUGGUUUUUAUGUGGACAAUGGCAAAGAGCUUUUGACACAUACCAUACUGCAAAGCGGGAGUUCUAUGCAGACAGUGCAUGGCUGUGCUAUGCCGGGGCUCUCGAGAUGGCUGCAAUCAGCGCCUUUAUGGCAGGCGAAUCAAAUCGAAAAACGCAUGGCUACAUGGAGGAAAGUAUUGUGACUUAUCUCAAUACAUGCAGAAUGGUGCAAUACGCUGUCAGAGCCACCUUACUUUCGGCCCUGUGCUUAAUCAACUCGGGUCUCCACGGGGAAGCCGCUAAGCAGCUUAUCCGUAUGACUUCUGAAGACAGCGAUUUGCGCAGCGCGAUGCUGUUGGAACAGGCCGCUCUUUGCUUCUUGUCAGGGCCUGGCACCAGAGCCAUGUGUAGGAAGUACGCGUUUCACAUGGUGCUCGCCGGACAUCGCUUCUCUAAAGCGGGACAGAAGAAACAUGCUUAUCGAUGCUACCACCAAGCUUAUCAGGUGUACACGGGAAGUGGCUGGCGGCUGGCGACCGACCACGUGCAGUUCGCUCUGGGCCGGCUGGCGGGGGCGCUGCGGAGGCCGAACGCCCCUCAGUGGCUGGCCGCGCCACUAGCGCCCCCCUCGCCCCAGCCGCCGCACCAGCAGGCCGCGUUCCUCCGCGAGUACAUGCUGGCGCAUCAGCAAUGGAUCGAGGGCGCGGAGGGCUGGUCGGGGCGGCUGCCGCUGGCGCCGGUGCCGCUGGUGGCGCGCGGCGAGACGCGCGUGCGGUGCGCGGGCCCCGCGCCGCUGGCCGCCGCGGGCCGCGCGCCCGCCUCCGCGCCCAACGCCACGCCGCGCGCCGCCCUGGUGUGGCGCCGCCUCGAGGAGAUGCUGCUCCAAGCGGCGCACGGCGCACCGCCCCUCAUAUUCAAGCCCACCGUCGAUCUGUACACGGAGGGCACGGACGCGAACCCGAUCGUGCCGCAGGGCGAACCGAUACAAAUCACGAUAACGCUGACAAAUCCGCUGAAGAUACAAUUGCUGCUGAAAGACCUGGAAUUGCUGUGGCAGUUUGUACCAGACGUCGAAGACGCCGACGGGCCCAAAGACAUCCUGAACAACGAGCCGUACAUAGCGUCGGGGCGCAGCUUAGAGAGCAACGUGAUCUCGAGACAGAAGAUACAGUCGUUCGUCUUGGAGGGGGAAUGCAACAAGCGAUUGACGUUCUCAUUGACGCCGCUGCAGGUGGGCCGGUUGCUGGUAAAAGGUCUGGCUUAUAAGUUGAUCAAUAUCGGCGAAGACGGAAAGGAGAAUAGUAAUAGCGUGGUAAUAUCGGGGAAACUGGAUUUGUUGGCCGAUGGCAACGAAUCUGAUAAACGUUUGCAAAUCAUUGUUAUCCCACCAGCCCCAUGUUUGCAGAUGACAUUCUCGGAAACAAGUUCGGACGUGAUAAGCGGCGAGCUGAGGAUCAUCGACGUGGAAUUCCGCAACGUUGGACCCGUCGAAAUGAGGAACUUGCACUUGGCAGUGUCCCAUCCCGAUUGCGUCAGCCUCGUCACCGACGAGCGCGAAGACGACUUCAAGCUGCUCUAUGAGGAGAAAUAUAAGGAACCAACAACCUAUCCGGACGAGCGCGCGGCGCGCGCGGCCUCGCGUGCGGCCACCGCGGGGCGGCACGCGCGACUCGUGGCGGCGUCCGUACCCGCGGCGGCGGCGGCGGCGUGCGUGCGCGCCAAGCUGGUGCUGCGCGCGCGCCGGCGGGCGGUCGCGCUGCGGCUGCUCGCCUACUACGAGACCGGCCUGCGGCAGCGCCCGCACCGGCUGCUGCGCCACGAGAUACGCUUCGAGCCGACGGAGGCCGUCGAAAUUCAAGUUACACCGCGAAGGAGUUUAAAUAAGACCGGGGAAAAUGUCGUUGAGAACAUGAGCAUGGCUGUAGAAGUAAAAAACGUGUGCAAAGAGAAAGACGAGGAUAUUACAGUGGAAGUGUUAGAGGUUACCUUGCUGAGUCAGCAAUGGGCCUUAACGAAUCUCGUCGCGGCACCUAACACAGACGCCGCUUUGAUUCCCCGAGAAAGAAUCCACUAUGUGUUCAAAGCGAGGAGGAAACUUGAAGAGAACGCCAAAGGAAACUUGGAAUAUUCAUACAUCAAAGUUGGCAAGAAGCAUCCGGAAAGCGUCGACGAUGUAAAAUCACCGCCAUACUCUAAGUUCCUGAUUGAUUAUCUCCCUUCAGUGGACGACAUUACAGAGCCGAACUAUUCCGAGGCGGAGAGGAAACGAGACGGACUGAUUCAAUCGAUGCUCGUCGUGAGAUGGAAGGCGUACGACAAGAUCUUAAACAGAACUGCGAUCGGUCAUCACUGUGUGUGGAUGGAUUGCUUCGCGAAAGCCUUGUCGAGGGAAAAAGACCCGACGCAAGAUAUCCCUAUGCAGCUUGACGAUCUCGAGAGUAAGACCAACUUGAGCGAAACUAAAGAGGGGAGCGACAAAAACAACAUCGUCCUGUUCAAACUGGAACAUUCCAACUACGUGUGCCACAAUUUUACAACAAGGAAGCUAUGCCUGAUACCCAUCGUUAUAAAUAUAGUCAACUGUUACGGAGUUCCCGUGACUGUGUUCAUUGAUAUGUCUAAACAACAAAAUAGGGAGUCCACCGGUGAGUUGGGCUGGGCGGGCGCGUUGAGCACGGGCGGCGGGCCGGACUCUCAGCACUUGGGGCUGCACGUGCGCCUGCGCGGGUUCGAGUCGCGGCGCGUGCCGGUGCGGGCGCUGUGCGCCGCGCCCGGCACAUACGUGCUCGGCUCGGGCUUCGUCGUCACCACCACCUGGGGCCGGGACGAGCAGGCCACCACGCGCUUCUCCAACAACACCUCGCUGCUGGUCGUGAAGCAGGCGGCC